AUGGAUCUACCAACCAGUAUACGACGAGAAGACACCACCAUGCAGUCCCGAAACGCGGACGAGGAACGAGACGGACACAACGCUCCACUCCCGGAAGAUUUACUGAACAAUAUCAAUCGGGCUUUAGUAAGCCGUGGGACCGACCUUUACAACGUGUUCACGACGGGCAAUGACCUGGACCUACUUCUUAUCACUACUACGGCACUGUGCAAAAAAGGCAUGGACGAACACAGCGAACUAAUUAAAGUAUUUACAGAGAAGACGUUACUGAAACUCUUCAGGCAUAUCCACGACACUUAUGCUAUAAUCAAUCAAGAUGGCGUCUUAAAAGAUGAAACCAUUAUUACCAGAACAGAGCAGUUGAUUGAUCUUAUAAUUAUAAAACUAAAUGAUGAUUACAUGCCUCUACUAAAUCUGCUGGCAAUUAUAUUCGACCCAUGCUCGAGGUUUUACGCGUACAAUGAAUCAGCGGAAGCCAAGUCAUUGACAACAGCAACGUGUCAGAGGUCUGCUAGCGAACCAGUUGUUUAUGCUAUAUCGGAUGAAAGUUCAAAACCUAAGGGAUUUCUAGUGGAUAUAAUUAAUUUAUUUGGUAAUCUUGGAGGAUUUCAGUCAAUAAAAGAACGUUUUCAGCGAGACCCACCCCCGACGAUACCCGUUACCGCAGCUCUUUUAAGGCCGUUUGGACAGUGUUACGAGUUUCUAACAGAAGACACGGUAGUUGCGUACUUUGUUCCAGUUCUGGAUAAAACGUGCGAAAUGCUAGAUGUUCUGUCAGACAGCGAGUUACAGUUAUUAUUAUCUGAAUCAGAAGAUAUUGUAAUAGGAGAAGACAAACCUGAUGCAAUCAAUACUAUUAUCGUGGCCGUUGAAAGCAUUGCUACACGCAUCCCUGAUGGGCAUAUCAGGUACAAUGCAUCAAACAUGCAGUUAUUCAGAAUGAAGAUGACCCUUAGAUUGAAGCGAGCCAGGGGCCUUCCGUAUGGCAGAUAUGACACAGAUUCAGAGCAAACGUGUUGCCAGACUAGCAGAGGAAUACAUGUCAGUAACCAAACUAUUCGUACUGCUUAUCCAUUUGAUAACAAGGAAAGUAAUGUUGAACUGAAAAUGACAGAAGAUAAUGUUUGUGUGGCAGAGUUCAGAGUGGUUCCUUCUGAUGAUGUCAUUGAGGACGUCUCUAUGUCCCAUAACAGUAACUAUGCUAAUAGAGUUUGUCCAUCGGAUAUAAUUGAUAACUCUCAAAACGAUUCCCUUCUACUAGGCUCCGCUGAUAAUCAGUCAAUGGAAGGGGCAACUGCAGUAACGAUUGCAGAUGCUACACCUGCACAAAACGGAGAACACUACACCUCUUUCUUCGACAUUACAGAUGGAGGUAGCCGACAUAAAAGUGGCCGAUGGUCGGCCAACUCUAGUGACAUAUCGGGUGUAACUUCCAAGACUUAUUCUGUACGUAGUAGUGGACAUGACGUGUGUAGGUUCUGUUAUGAAGGCGAUCAGACUGCUGGUAACCGCAUGGUUCGCCCAUGUCAUUGUUCUGGAUCCGCCGCAUAUGUUCAUUCACGAUGUCUGAAGAAGUGGAUUCACUUUUCCCGGAAUACGCAGUGUGAAGUAUGCCAUUCUCAUUUUUCAUAUAUUCCAUACUCGGAGAGAAUAAGAGCAUUCCUUGAAGAGUUCAGAAGAAACAAGCGAUGGAGGAACGCCACAUUUGCCACCCUAGUCGGCCUUGUUGUCUUGCUGUACCUAGUGAUAUUCGCUGUAUUCCCCGGUGGUAUCAUAGACAUUUAG